AAAUCGACCAUCAAUAAAAAAAUUUAAAUCUUUUCAAAAAAAACGCGGACAUAUACAGCUACUAAAUGCCAGACACAAAUUCUUGAUAGUGCAAGGGAAUGAACGGCUAUAUAUAUACAACUCUGGAUAUGCUGCUCUAUGAUUAUUUUGAAUGGAAGAGUCGUAUUUGAAUUCUGUGUUCAAAAUUCUGGGUAGGGUUAUUAGGGUUUCUGUGCAAUAAAUUUGUAGUUCAACAUCAAAUUCUUCUUUUAAUCUUGAUAAAAAUGGCGUCGUGCUCUUCAAGAAUUUAUGCUCCCCAGCACAGUCUUGUGCUUGGCUUGGCUAGCAUUAACAGGAGCCGUGCAGGGAUUCUUAGUAAGAGGCAUCUUUCAGGUUGCAGUGAUUUAAUUGAAGUAAGAAUAGGAUCUACUGAUUCUCUGCAGAAAGCACAUUUACGUGAGAAGAAGAAGAAUAAGGGGCCCUCCUAUAGAAAUGUGCAAACUAAUGGCCGGGAGUUGCAGACCGAUGAUAUAGAGAAGCCUAAGAUUGCUAUUUUGCUCGAAGUCGAAGGGGUCAUCGCUGAUGUUGGUUUCUCAGGCAAUUACCAUGCAUUUAAUGUAGCUUUCCAGAAACUAGGAUUGAACUAUGCAAGUUGGACACGUCCAGUUUAUAUGAACCUACUAAGGAAAGCAGGUGGAGAUGAUAAAAGGAUGCUAUUUUUGUUUUUUGAUAGGAUUGGAUGGCCGACAUCAUAUCCAACAAAUGAGAAAGAAUCAUUUCUAAAAAACCUUUUGCGGGAAAAGCGUUGUGCUUUGGAAGAUUAUGUUAGAUCCAGCAGCUUAUCGUUGCGGCCAGGAAUUGAGAAGUUUAUGGAUGAUGCAUUUGAGGAACAAAUACCGGUCAUUAUAUUAUCUGCAUACAGUAGGAAUGGAGAAGAAACUGCUAGUUACAUUGUUGAGAAAUUGGGAUCAGAAAGAAUUUCUAAAACUAGAAUAGUGGGUCAAGCAGAGGUUGACAAAAGCUUUUAUGGACAAUUAAUAUUGGGAAAAGGAAUCUCUGCUGGGACAGAUGAACUUUUAGCAAAAGAAGUGGCAAAAGCUGUUGCUGGUGAGAAGCAAAGAGUAGCAGAAGAGGUGGCAUCCAUGUUGAACCUGAGUGUAGAAAUUGAUACAACUCCAGAUGAAAUGUUGAAAAAGAUAAUUGCAUCCUUGCGUGCAGGAGCAGAAUAUACUGAUAUACCACUUCAAAAUUGCAUCCUUCUGUCAGGAUGCCAAGCAGGAGUAUGUGCAGCUCAGCGCAUAGGAAUGCCUUGCAUUGUCAUUCGGAGCAGUUCCACAUCCAGGGCAGAGUUUCCCUCCGCAAGGGCUGUCGUAGAAGGAUUUGGAUAUGGAGAAUUGACUGUUUCUAAAAUAUGCAGGAUGGCAAAAUAGCAAGACAUCAUUUAUAUGGUUACCUGUUUCUUGAUCUGCAUGGAAAAGUAGCUGUUGAAGUUUUUGAAAGAUCGGUGAAGCAGUAAUACAUGAGCACACUUAAAGCUAAUGUGCAACUGUAAAUGCAUUCAGUCAAAAUGUUAAUUGAAAAAUCAAAAUGAUAUUUUGGGGCAUGCACUUUCAGUAUGGCACAGGUCCAAUCUUCUGGCAUGCUCCCCAGAGUUAUACAUUGUUGAAUUUAAGAUAUUGAUAUUUUAGAAUGUUUUGUGCAUCUUUGAGCUACAAGUGUUCAGACGUUUUUGUGUGACUCAGAAGAAAAUCAUUUUUAUUGCUGCAGUCAUGUUUUGAAAUACCUACCAGGGACCUUUUCAAACGAUAAGUUUCUCAUGGAAUAGGAAUACAAGUAUAUUUCUUGUACUCGUGGUUAUAAUUAUUUAAGAUUUCUUAAACUCCUGACAUUGAAGUUAAAUACUCUUGUUGGCAAGUAUAUCAACACAACUCAAGAAUGAAGUUCUUUGGGUCUUGGCAAUCUAUGUCUUUUACCUUAGCAAUGAUUGGUGGAGUUGAACCUGAUAUCGUCAUGACUUAUACAUGAAUUUCC